AUGGCUGGACAGUCAAAGCCUGAGGUAUUACCCCCAUGGGGUAAUGCGGUUGCGGGUGCUGCUGGCGCCGUCAUUGCGAACACACUGGUCUACCCGCUGGACAUGAUCAAGACGCGACUACAAGUCCAGGUCAAGCGCUCGAAAACCUCAAACGACCCCAAUCCGGCCGACUACGAGCACUACAAUGGCACGCUUGACGCCGUCCGGAAGGUCGUUGCCAACGAAGGCAUCGCCGGGCUCUACACGGGCAUGUUCGGCUCCUUGGUUGGUGUCGCCUCAACCAACUUCGCGUACUUCUACUGGUAUACGUUUGUUCGCAGCAUGUAUCUGUCCUACCAGACCGUCCCAGCCUCGCCAUCGACAGCAGUCGAGUUGUCACUGGGCGCUGUAGCUGGAGCGUUGGCGCAGCUGUUCACAAUCCCUGUCGCUGUCGUGACAACCCGCCAGCAGACCAUGAGCAAACAUGAGCGCAAGGGUCUUAUCGCCACAGGAAUGGACGUCGUAAACAGCGAGGAUGGCUGGACAGGACUCUGGCGAGGCCUCAAGGCAAGCUUAGUUCUGGUUGUGAACCCGUCGAUCACAUAUGGCGCAUAUCAGCGCCUGCGAGAGCGUAUAUAUCCUGGAAGGGCAGCCCUGAAGCCGCACGAGGCUUUCCUCCUUGGAUCUUUGUCGAAGAUGCUCGCUACCAUCGUCACACAACCGCUCAUCGUCGCCAAGGUCGGUCUUCAGUCGAAGCCUCCACCAGCCAGGAACGGCGUUCCAUUCAAGACCUUUACCGAGGUUAUGCAAUACAUCAUCGAACACGAGGGCCCCUGGGCACUGUUCAAGGGCAUCGGACCACAGAUCUUAAAAGGUCUGUUGGUACAGGGCUUCCUCAUGAUGAGCAAGGAGAGGAUCGAGCUCCAGUUCGUUCUCCUCUUCAGGUACUUCCGCAAGGUCCGCGCCGAGAAGCUCCAAAAGCUGGCCGCCAUAGCAGCAGAGAAGGCUGGAAAGGUGGCACCUGUGCUCGUCAAGUGA